AAAGCAGAAGUCCCUUCCCCACACUUUAAAACCUCUCUAUUUGCCAUACCAAAAACAAUCAUAUCCUAAAGCAUCUUUAGCUUCAAAACUCAGGGAGAGACACACUGAGAAGCUAUAGCCUAUAGGGUAGUGUGGCUAGUAGGUUUUAUUUUGCUAUCUUGCAGUGCUGGGAGAAUGCAUCUUUCUUGCAGGAGAGUGUACUUUGUUAUGGUUUCAUUUUAUAUUUCUGUUCUUCCAUUCACUGAAUGCACAGCCUUUGAGGAGGUGAAUCUGCUUGGUAACCAGAAGAACAUAAAUAACAAGCAGAUAAAUCAUCAGAAGACAUCUGAUAUUGCAGUUCAUGGAUUGCUCUUGUGGGCAUCAAUGGGGUUCUUAAUGCCUCUUGGGAUACUAACCAUCAGAGGGUCCAAUAAAGCUGAACCUGGAUCAAGAAGGGGUAGAGUUUUGUUCUAUCUCCAUGUUGUUUUCCAGAUGCUCUCAGUGCUUCUUGCCACAGUUGGAGCUGCAAUGUCCUUGAAGAAGUUUGAGAAUUCAUUUGAUAACAACCAUCAAAGAUUAGGCCUAGCACUUUAUGCUGCUAUAUUGGCACAAGCCUUUAUUGGAUUUUUCCGACCACACAGGGGAAAGAAAGAGAGGAGUUAUUGGUACUUAAUACACUGGAUAUUAGGGACAAUAGUUUCCCUUGUGGGGAUCAUCAACAUUUACACAGGAUUAAAAGCCUACCAUCAGAGAACCUUAAAAAGCACAACACUUUGGACUAUUCUUUUCACAGUGGAAGUCACUUUCAUUGGAUUGAUUUACCUGUUCCAAGACAAAUUGGAGUAUAUGAAAAAGCAAGGAGUGAUUGGAGGAAGUGAGUCAAUUUUGUCAUCUCACCAAGAUAUUAUUCCUAAUAGGCAAAAUCAAAAAGAGUUGUUGCCAGUUGCAUGUGGAAUAAAGAAAAAUGCACUUGGGAAUUUGUUUGACUAAUUGGCACUCUUCUAGGUUUUUUUCUAGAGUAUUGGCUUGUUUUUCACUUUAGUUUUUGGUGCCUGCACUUUAUGCAAGUGAGAGAUGGUUUUAUAUAAGGGAAGUUGAUAGAGACAUAAAGUGCAUUCAUCAAAAAUUGAAGUUUGUUUGGUGUAAGUAACAUGUUACUCAUUUCUCUUCUUCUUCCUCCCCAUUUGAUUAAAGCACAUUCUUUCACAUGUAUAGACAUCAUAAAGUGUGCUUGUGGAUACUGGAUAAAGAAUGUGUAUAUGAUUGUGUAAGCAGUUUGUGUCCCUGUAAGUUAUGAAGUUAUGGAGAAAAUUUAGUUUGAUUGGGAAACAA